AUGGAAUACUGUGGUUUAGAUUUUAAAGCGCUCGCAGAAUUUUUAAAGUUAAUGCCAAACUUGACAAAUCUAAUAAUAUCUGGAACAAAUGACAUAAAUGGUCCUUUCAAUGCUGACGAUUGGAAAUAUUUGAUUAUAGCAUCGUUACCAUAUUUACAUACUUUCAAGUUUAAGUGGGACAUCAAGUUGAAUAGUCAGAACAGAGCUAUUUUGGAUAUAUUUCAACAGUAUCAGACUGAUUUCUGGUUGAAUAAACACUCGUGGUUUACAAAUUAUGAAAUACAUAGAGAAUCAGCAAUUAUUUAUACUAUACCUUACACAUCGGAUCACUAUAAUUUAAUACCUAUUGAAAAUAAACAUGCUAAUCCGACAAUACAUACUUCAGGCAUUUUUAAUAAUGCUAAGAAUUUGAUUCUGGUAAUCGAUGCAUUAAAAAACGAUUAUCCAUAUUAUUUUCCAACAGUGGAAUCAACAACAUUAAUGAAUAAGUAUACAUUCUAUGGCGAACGUGUUUAUCGUCAAUUUGAAUUUCAACACAUUGAAUAUAUGAAAGCUAUUGUCAAUUUAUCGAAUCUAACACAUUUAUGCAUUUUGAGAGGUAUUCAAAUAGAAUCAUCAGCAAUAAUGUUACAGAUGUUAAAGGAAGCUCCAAAAUUAUCAUCAAUGAAAAUUGAUGCUCCUCUCUUAAUUUUAUUUCUUGAUGAUGCUGAAUUAUGCAAAUAUUUAAAUGAAAAAAUUAAAAAUUUGAAUAUUUAUUCAGAUCCUGGUUGGUCAUUCAUAAAGCCUUAG